CGAUUCUGCCGCUGCUGCGUGCAAUCCACCACACUGUUUUUGGUGUUUCAGUGUUUUUUUUUUCUCUCAACAUUUGUGUAGGUACCGAAAAAAAAAUGUGAUAAGAUAAGGGACACAAUUUACUUUGUCGCGUUUUGGUUGCUCCGCAGUCGUCAGAACAUUGCGUACGCGUUAACAAAUAAUAUAAUGUAAAAAUAUUAUAUAUAUUUUUUUAGUGCGCGAUUUAGUGGUUCCAAUUUACAAAAAGUACCAGGAAUUAGUUUUUUGAAAAAAAAAAAAAAAUUGCCAAAAGUUCAACAUGACAAGUGUGGAACUUUAUACUAAAGGUGCCCGCGUCUGGAUACCACAUCCAGAAAAAGUAUGGGAAGGCGCCAUUUUACUGGAAGACUACAAGCCCGAAAAGCGUACGCUACAAGUUCAAACCGACGACGAUAAAGAAUCGAAAACCCUACAACUGAAAACCGAAAGCGACCUACCGUUUUUGAAAAAUCCCGAUAUUCUAAUCGGCGAAAACGAUCUUACGUCGUUAUCGUACCUGCACGAACCUGGAGUACUCUACAAUCUACAAGUUCGAUUUUGUGAGAGGAAAGACAUCUAUACUUAUUGUGGCAUCGUUUUAGUUGCUAUCAAUCCAUAUGACGAGCUUCCUAUAUACGAUGUUGAUACUAUCCAGGCAUAUCGACGCCAAGCCAUGGGCGAUUUGGAUCCGCACAUUUUUGCUGUGGCCGAAGAAGCUUACACCAAGUUGGAGCGGGAACAACGCGAUCAGAGUAUCAUAGUAUCGGGGGAGAGCGGUGCAGGCAAAACCGUUUCCGCUAAAUAUGCAAUGAGAUAUUUCGCUACAGUCGGAGGAAAUGCUACGGAAACUCAAGUGGAGAAGAAAGUGUUGGCUAGCAACCCGAUCAUGGAGGCUAUUGGAAACGCAAAAACAACAAGAAACGAUAAUAGUUCGAGAUUUGGCAAGUUUGUUGAGUUGCAACUGAAUAAACAAUUUAACAUAAGCGGAGCUUCCAUGAGAACGUAUUUGCUGGAAAAAUCCAGAGUCGUGUUUCAAGCACCCGAAGAGCGCAACUAUCACAUAUUUUACCAGUUGUGCGCAGCUAGGAAACAAUUCGAACAUUUACAGUUAGAACACCAGGAUUCGUUCCAUUACCUCAACCAAGGCUCGAGUCCAGACGUUCAAGGCGUCAACGAUCUGGAAGCGUUCGAAGACACCAAAACAGCUUUAAGUUUGAUGGGUUUUUCACGAACAGACCAAGAAAAUAUGUUCAAAAUUUUAGCUGGUAUUUUACAUUUAGGGAAUAUCGAAUUCAAAGCGUGUUUGGUUAAAGUGGAAAACGAGCAGGAUCAGGAAGGAUGCAUCAUACCGAAAACUGAUAAACAUUUGAAAGUCUUAUCAGAACUAUUAGAAUUGAAUGAAGAAGAAUUGAAGCAAUGGCUCGUAACAAGAAGAAUCGUUUCAAUGAGGGACGUUUACCUGAAACCGAUGUCCAAACAAGAAGCUGCCUUUUCGCGUGACGCAUUAGCCAAACAUAUUUACGCCGAACUAUUCAAUUGGAUCGUACUUGUCAUCAAUAAGGCCCUAGAAUCGAACAUAGCUAGACACAAGUUUAUAGGAGUAUUGGAUAUUUAUGGUUUUGAAACAUUCGAAACCAAUUCUUUCGAACAAUUUUGUAUAAACUACGCCAACGAAAAGCUGCAACAACAAUUCAACUUGCACGUGUUCAAGCUGGAACAAGAAGAGUAUAUAAGGGAAGGCAUCGAAUGGAAAAUGAUCGACUUCUACGACAAUCAACCUUGCAUCGAUUUAAUCGAAUCGAAAUUGGGAAUUUUGGAUUUGCUCGACGAAGAAUGCAAGAUGCCUCGUGGAUCGGAUGCUUCAUGGAGCGAAAAGCUCUAUCAAAAAUGCGCCAAAUACCCGCACUUUUCCAAAAACCGUUUCGGCAAACUCAGUUUCAUCAUCAAUCACUUUGCCGACAAAGUCGAAUACGAAAGCAACGGGUUUUUGGAGAAAAACCGUGACACGGUCAUCGAAGAACAAAUAACCGUCAUCAAAGCGAGCAAAAACCAUCUACUGAAGCGCCUCUUUGGCACUGACGAUCAAAAACUGCAAAUACCUGGAGCCAAAAUGAAAAUAUCUGCUGCAAAAGCUGAUCCUGGAGCUAAGAAAAGUCACAAAAAAUCGGUCGGGUCGCAAUUUAGAGAAUCUUUGAGUGCAUUGAUGACUACUUUGAAUGCUACAACUCCUCAUUAUGUCAGGUGUAUAAAGCCUAAUGACAGUAAGGCUGGAUUUGAUUUUAAUGCCAAGAGGGCGGUGCAACAAUUGAGGGCUUGUGGUGUUUUGGAAACUAUAAGAAUAUCUGCAGCAGGCUUCCCGAGUCGUUGGGACUACCUGGACUUCUUCUACCGCUACCGAGUAUUGUGCAAAUUCAAAGACAUCAACAAAUCGAACAUGGAAAAAACUUGCAGGAAUAUCCUGGUGCAACACAUCAAGAACGAGGACAUGUACCAGUUUGGAAAAACGAAAAUUUUCUUCAGAGCGGGCCAGGUGGCUUAUUUGGAAAAAUUGCGUUCGGAUAAACUGAAAGCCUGUUGCAUUAUGAUGCAGAAAACCGUGAGGGCUUUCAUUGCCAGGAAAAAGUACCAGAGGAUUAGGAAAGCUGCCAUUUUGUUGCAGACUAGAGGCAGAGGAUUGUUAGCUAGAAGAAAAGCUCAAACCAUCAGAACAGAAAGGGCGGCGGUGAACAUUCAGAGGUACGUCAGAGGGUAUUUGAUCCGGAAAACUUACCACCAGAAGCGAAAUUGCAUUUUGGGACUACAAAGACACAUCAGAGGAUACUUGGCUAGAAGGACGUUCAGGUUUAUGCAAAAUAAUGCUAAGGCAAUUGUACUUCAAAGAUACAUAAGAGGUUACCUGGCAAGAAAACACUUCGCCAAACGUCUGAAGUACGUAGUAACCUGUCAGGCAGCCAUUAGAAGAUUUUUAGCUAGAAGGCAAUACAAGCGACUCAGAAUAGAAGCCAGGUCCAUCGAACACGUUAAAAAGUUGAACAAAGGCCUGGAAAACAAAAUUAUUAGCUUGCAGCAUAAGAUUAACCAAAUCAAUAAAGUCAAUGGUGAAUUGAUGAGUUACAAGAAUGAAGUGAACGAGAUAAAGAAAAAGAUGACUAAAUUCAAGGCCCUAGAAAUGGAAGUGAAAAACCUAAACAACCUUUUAAUAGAAAAAAACAAAACCAUCCACAAUCUCCAAGAAGAACUGCAUGCAGAAAAAGAUGAAAAAGUCGACCUUAUCAACGAACAAGAAAAAUUCAAAAAAGAAGUCGACAAUCAACGGACCUUAUACUCACAGGAAACUGAUAAACUUAAAAAGGAAUAUGAAAACAUCAUCGAAAUGCUUAAAAUGAACGAAAAAGGCGCGGAAGAAAACAUCAAGCUACGGUUGGCAGAAGAGAAGAAGGAAAUACUUCAUGACGUUGACCAUGAACGUCAUGCCUAUCAGAAACUGUUGCAAGAGUAUCACAAUUUGGAGCAGCAUUGCGAAGAACUUGAGAAAAUGGUCAAUAAGCAAGGCCACAAGAGAAACACUAGCGAUUUGAGUAGCAUAUCUACCAUGGAUGUUAGUAACGUGCCUGAAGAUCAUGGAUAUGGAUCCGUUAGAAGCACCACUAGCACCAGGGAGAGAUUGGAGAAUAUUGAUUGGAGCGCUACCAACGAAAGUCAAACCCCAAGCUCAACAACAGACUCCAAUGCAAAAUCAGAACUGGAAAACAACGUGGACAUUGGCUUGGUACUGAAACUUCAAAACAAACUAGGAGAUGUUGAACGCGAACGGGCACGACUUCAGAAACGCAUAGACGAACUUGACAUGUCACCGAGAGUAGAAAGGGCCGAAAACGCUGCAAAAGACGCUAUCAGAGUAUCCGAAAUGGAACUGUGCAACUCGAACCUGAAAUCUCAACUACUGGAGCUUCAAAAUAGUAUAAACGAGGGCACUGGCUUGUCCAAGCUGCACGAACAGUUGCAGCAAAUGCAAAUUGAGCUGGACAGGCGUAGCGAGGAAGUUGUCCAAUUGAAAAGCGUUUUGGCUAGUCAGACUGAUAGUAUGAAGUCCAUUGUAAACUCCAAUAAUCGAAUGGGUGCCUACAUAAACGAAGACGGCGAACUAGCCUUAGCCUACGAAACCCAAAAAUCCAUCAACAAACAACUAGAACUAGAACUACAAGACGAAAUAGCCAAAUUCAAAGCGCACGAACGCGAAUACAAAUUGGAAAUUGAUAAGUUAAGGGAGGACAAUGAAAGACACCAACGAAUCCUAUCUGCCAAUCUGAAUACGAGUCCGGCAUCUCAAAAUGAAGCCUUCAUGCAACACGAAAUUACCAGAUUGACCAACGACAAUUUAACAUUGCUGGAUAGAACGGAGAGUUUAGCUGAGACUAUAAGGGAACUGAAAAGGCAAGUCAAACAUUUAUCAAGAAGACUGAAAGAUGCUAAUUUAGAUGUUGAGGAGACUUUGUUGGCAGCCAAUCAAAGAGCAGCUGCUCCAAUUCCUCCAGGUCGCACUCCUGCUUCAAUUAGGAAAAAGGAUCGGGAGUAUUUGGGAAUGUUUUCGUAUCCUGUAGGCGAUGAGGGGAUUAUAAUGAAAAGAUUAGUGAUAGAACUUAAGCCUAGAUUAGCCCUUACGCUGUUGCCAUGUCUACCAGCUUAUAUAACUUUCAUGUGCAUCAGACAUACGGAUCACAUUAAUGACGAAGAUAAAGUACGCAAUCUUCUGCAAAGUUUCAUGAAAUCUGUAAAAAAAGUCAUCAGAAAGGCACAGAAGGACGACUUUGAAUCUAUGACGCUUUGGAUUGCAAAUCUACUUAGGUUGGUAAUGUGUCUGAAACAAUACAGUGGUGAACGUAGCUUCCAAAAGUCCAACACUCCCACACAAAAUGAACAAAGCCUAAAGAAUUUCGAUCUCUCAGAGUACCAGCAGUUAUUGCAAGAUCAAGCCGUAUGGGUUUAUCAGGGUAUCGUGCGAAAUUUUGAAGAAAAAAUCCAACCUUUAAUAGUACCAGCCAUUUUGGAGCACGAAGAAGUACCGGGAAUGAUUGGUAAAACUAGCGCCAGAGGGCGUACGGGUAGCAUUUCAAGUCCUACAUCAGUGACUGCGCAACAGAAACCUACUACCGCUUUGUUACAAGAAUUGAGUAAUCAUCAUAAGAUUCUGAUGUUUUACGGUGUAAACUCCGACCUAAUUUCACACACGUUCAAGCAAAUAUUCUAUUUCAUAUGCGCCUCAAGUUUGAAUAAUUUACUAUUGAGAAAAGAGCUGUGUCAUUGGUCGAAAGGUUGUCAAAUUAGGCACAACUUGUCGCAUCUGGAGAUGUGGACGAGAGACAAAAAUUUGGACGAGAGCAUCCAGUUCACGCUGCAGCCGAUUAUCCAAGCGGCUCAACUUUUACAAGCUAGGAAAACCGAUACCGACGAGGACGUGAGCAAUUUGUGCGAAAUGUGCGACGCCUUGACGCCAUUGCAAAUUUGUAAAAUUUUGAAUUUGUACACGCCGGCCGACGAUUACGAUAAGAUUCCGUUCUCGUUUAUCCGGAAGGUGCAGGAGAAAUUAAAGGAACGGCAAAACAACAAGGACCAACAGACUUUACUGAUGGACAUCAAGUACCUAUUUACAGUACCAUUCGUCUACGAUCCCUCAGAUAUUCGACUUGAGGAAAUUGAAGUACCAGAUUGCCUAAAUCUACCAAUGUUGGAAAAAGUUUAAAUUUAUAUGCCAUAUACGUCGAGCCAUAUGUUUUAUGCUUCAUAGGAGAUACCUAGCCUUACCAUUGCAUUGUCUUUCCAUUUAAAAAAAAAAUAGCUUUAAAGUACAAUAAAACAUAUUAUUUGUAAAUAACUAUAGAGAAAAAUACUUACCUAAAGAAACCAAUUAUUUAGUAUUACCAUAUCAUUAAAUUCACAAAAGAAGGCGUGAUUAAUCUAAAUCAAUUAGUGGGAGAUAACAUCGCAUACCAGGUUAUGGGCCCAGAUGUUUAAAAAUUGUAAGCUGCCUCGCCACCUUACGUGAAACCGAUUAGGUAUAUUCUUAGCUAUCCAAUGUGUACUGAUUGUUUAAAAAAAAAGAUUUAAAAUAUUCUGUAUGUACUUAUAUUAUAUUAUAGUUCAAUUUUAGAAAAAUGUAUUCUAUGUAUUUAAACAGGGUGAAAUCCUGGUACCUACUUGAUAGAUUUCAGUAUUUAUUGUGGUAUUAUGUUCCUUAGUUUCUUGAGUACCUAGCAUUAAAAUGUUUUUAAAAAUCUAUCUUAUAUCACUAUUUGUUUUAUACCUAGUGAAGUGAUUGUCUGGCGUACGAUUGUCCUUUGGACAAAAUUUCGAAGAAUGUGAUUGAAGCUGUGCCUCUUUAAGUACAUUUAAGUUUUGAAAUUCUAUCAAAAAUUCACUUUUUUUUAUGUAAAUAUUAUUUAGAAAGAAAUUUAUCUAUACCUAUACAUAUUUUAAAGUUACCUGCUCUCAUUUGAAAAUUAUGUAUCUGGUAGAGAUGAGCAAAAGCAAUUUGUUAAAAUAAUAAUAAGUUAUAUUAUUGUUAAAUUUUAAGCACAUCAAUUAUAAACUCAGAUAUAUGUUAUACAAAAAUAAAUAUUGUUACAGAUUAAAAUAUAAAAAGAGAAAUUUAUUAGCGUUAUAAAAUUAAUUAUUUUAUUAGUUUUAGGAACAAAUACUUUGGGCUCUGUAAAUUAAAUAUAUUUUCAAAUAGAUAAAGAAUAAUAAAGAUAUUUGUUAUGGAUGGUUAAUUAAAUUACAUAUAUUAAAAAUUGAAAAUUUUG